GCAAUAAUGUCAAUACAUUCCAGGGGCUAUGAUCUACCGAGGGUUUCUUUUCUGAGAAGAAGAAAAAGCUGAAGAUCCUACACAUGCUGAUACAACUGAGUGCCUUCAUUUUCUCCAUUGUUGGGCUUGUAGCUGUAUUUGAUUUCCACAAUAAGAGCCACCCACCAAUUCCUAACAUGUACAGCCUGCACUCAUGGGUUGGACUCUGCACUGUCAUAUUAUUUGCAUGUCAGUGGCUGGUAGGAUUACUGACAUUCCUCUUCCCUGGUUUACGCCCAUCUGUAAGAGCUGCGUACCUGCCUAUCCAUCAGUUCUUUGGCCUAUUCAUUUUUGUUGGAGCUGUGGCAUCCUGCCUUUUAGGUCUUACUGAAAAAGCCAUUUUUUCUAUAAAGCCCAAGUAUUCUGCACUUCCUACAGAAGGUAUCUUAGUUAAUGUGAUAGGCCUGGCCCUCAUUCUCUUCGGUGGGCUGGUGGUAUACCUGGUAUCACAUACAAAGUUUCGCCGUCAGACAACAGAAGAUGAGGUCUUGCUCACUGAUACCGUUCUGGAGUAGUCAUGUUUUGUAACAAAACUUACAUUGUUUAUUAGUGGGAGAGUUGUGCAAGAUAUAUUCUGUAAACUUUCAGUACUGUAUAGUAAUUGUGGUAACACGACAAUUAUCAGCAUUCAAAUAUAACUCAUUAAAAUUAUAUUUUUGUCUGUAUAGAGGAAAAGUGAUACAAAUGGUACAGGAUUGCACAGUAUUCUGGUACUCUACUGUACAGUACUUCAAACACACAAUAUUCCAAUUAUAAUUCCUUAAUAGCAUUGAUGGUUUGUGACAAUUUGCAUGACAAUAUGAAUGUAUUUGCCUAUAUGUAUAUUUUAAUAAACAUAGUAUUUGAAUGAUGCACAUGUAUAUUCUUCUGAAGGAAUGUAUAGAUUUUUAUUAGAUUGGUGUGGAAUUUGACAGUGAGGAUUCAAACUUGCUUUUAUAUUUUAUGAUAAAAGAUCACAUUGUUUUCAUUUACUAGUCCAUAGGUUGUAUGUUUAGUUUCAUUACCACCAGUGUGUUUUGCAGGUGGCACUAUGCAUAGGUGGGACAUGAGACAGUUGAAAUAUUGAAGUGCUUACAUUCUUCACAAGUAAAAGGAUAACAUUACUGGUAAAAUGUCAUAAUUCCAUAGCUUUAACAAUUCACUAGUCUACAUAUUGGAAAUGGAAAAAUAACUGCCAUUCUGAAUCAGUCACAACUAAAUGCUAAUCCAGGAUAAACUGCAAAAUCUAGUUUUAAAUUUGCUCUUUUCAGAUGUAUUGUGAAAUGUCCAUACUACAUGUAAAAUUUAUUUUAAAGUUUCAAAAUGGGUUAUAACCUGAAAAUGUCUUCAAAGUGUUUAAUGUAAAACUUGUAUUUGCAUUCUAAUACAGUAUACUAAAGCAAAAAAUUUAUGUGAAUGGUUUUUUGAAAAUUAUGGUUGUUAAAUGUGCAAUAAGUUGAGUAUAGUGAUUUAUCAUUAGAUACAUAUUGUUUUGUUAUAAAACAUUUUAAUGAAUGCACAAUGAAGCCAUCGCUAAGUGGAAUCAGCCCUUAAGCAGCGCAACCAAUUGUAACCGUUGUGAUAAGUGUGUAAAUGAGUAGGGUUUAGUGUAAUACAUAUUACAAAACUGUCAGAGUAUAUUCAAUUAUUUGCUUGCUUCUACAAUAUCUUGCAUGAAACUAAAAAUGAACAUAAUCUUUAUGGUGAUUACAUCGUGUUCAGUGCAUGUUGUCAUCAGUUCUCUUAAUAAAAAAUACUUGGUACACAUUUCAACAGGUAUCUGGGUAUUUUUUCAAGGUAUACAUGUCUUUCAUAAUGGCUAAGAGAGGAAUAUUUUCUUAUAUGAAAAGGAUAACAUUGUGCACAAUAUAUUAUUUUAGUGAAUUAUAUAGUUUAUUCCAUUUUCAAGGGCUGUAGUAGUAUGCAUAUGGCAUUACACAAAAAUUCACCAGAGGAUUAAUCUCUUGUUCACAGGAUACAGUAUUUUAGAAAAAAUGGGGAAAGAAAGAAAGCUUGCAUCUUGACUGAAAUUUGCGAGAGGCACUAAUUAUACAAAUCAAGUUAUAACAUUUUGGAGAAAAAUGCAUGCAUAUAUUUUUGGGUCUUUUGCACCUUAGUCACUCUAGAUGAAAAGAGAAAGCACUAUAUAUAUAUAGUAGAUAAAGCAUGCCACUAGUGAAGGUAUCAGGUCAUUAAUUGGUUUAUUGCAUGCCAGCAGAGUAUCAGUGUGAAAUACAUUAUGUAUAAGAGUAGGCAAGAUGAUGUAUUUACCAGGUCUUUGUUCUGUGGUGUUGGAAGUAGCCAUUAACCCUUUAAACUGUCCAAAUGUAGAUCUACGUUUUUUCAACAUUUGAAUGUAAGAAAACGUAAUCUUUUGUUUUUUUUUUUUUUACUUUUGAAAACGUGUAAUAAAAACUUUGAUCUUAAUUUUUUUUUUAUAUUUGAAAAUAUGUAAAAAAACGUAGAUCUACUUUUGGAGCACUACGCAUGUGAAUGUAGAUCUGGUUGGACAGUUUAAGGGUUAAGGAUGUUUAAGUACAGUGGCAUCUAUCAAUGUAGGUGUCUAGGUAGAUCAGUUUCACUUUGUUCCAGUGCAUGAGACAUCCCAGACCCUUGUGGGUUUAGUGCUUAGUAUAUGGGACAUCCCUCUAUAGGCCUGUCCAAGAUGCAAGCAUUUUUGUUCUGGUUUCAUGCAUUUGUGUUAAUGGACAUGUGUGAAAAGAACACACAAAUGCAUGCAACUGUAAUAUAAAAAAUACUGGUCUUGCACAGAUCUCAUUCACUGAAACAAAAUUCUUAAAGAGUAUUCAACACUGAUAAUGUUUUUGUAUUGAAGCCCCCCUUAAGUGCUGCUUCCAACACCAUGAAACAGAGCUGGCAAUACCCUUGCAUAUACUAUUCCAUGCUGAUUCCCAGCUGCCAUGCAACUUGGCAAUUAGCUAACAUGACACCUCUCCAGUGAGAUGCUUUCUCUACUUAUACUGUGUUCUGUCAUUCUCUUGUAUCAUUUAGAGGGAACAAGGUCCCAGGACUGAAAUGUAGCCAUUAAAGAUGUCCUUUCAUCCAUACAAGUUAAGAUUUCAUGAAAAUAUAUAUAUUUACAUAAUACUACCAAUCCUUUUUAGUUUCUGGCUAUUUGCCAGAUUUGUAUUUUACCUUUGGCCUAAUGGCAACAUAAAACAAAGCAUGAUUUAUGUAUUAAAAUGUUGCUGUAUCAUUCAGAGGCAAAUCAUGACUAUAGAAAUUAUCAUCCAUGUAUACUGAGCUAUUGAUUACUCAAGUGAUUGAAAGUUCCCAGAUUGGGUUGCAUUAAUAUUUAAUAAAUGUUUAAUAAAGAGUAUA